AUGAGCUCGCAUCGGUAUCAGCGCGUCGAUGGCCGCGCUGAUGACGAUGACGACCAUCCCCCGAUGCCCGAUCCCUCCGCGCCCUAUCCUGUUCCUGCCUCCCCGCCCCCGUCCUUCCAUUCCAGAGCCUCAUCACCCUCGUCGAGGCCGCUCUUCUCCCACGACCCCCUCCAUAGAGACACCGAUCGGACGCUUGCAGACGCAUUCGAUGGCGGCGAGGACGACUCCGAUGGCGACGAGGAGAUCGAUGACCGGCAGCGGCUGAUGAGGGGAAAUCCCUCGAUAGGAGAUGAUCGACACGCAGAGGCUCCCACCAGCUCCAGACAAGCAUUCGCGUCAGGAACCUCAGCCGUACCGCCAGCGUUCAACAGCACACCGUCCGGCGCUGGGAGAACCAUACGGCCUGCUCCGAACGAUGGCGUGUUUGCAAAUCUGGCUGCGAAACCGGACGGGGAAAAGGACGAUGGCCUCCCGAGCUACGAACAAGCCGCCGCUGAUGCUACUCCCCCCUACUGGGAAACUACGAUCAUUGCUCCCGGCAUGUCCUCGGACGAGGUGUACGUCGACGGCCUGCCGGUCGGGUCCUUCUUCUCGUUCGUCUGGAACGGCAUGAUUUCGACAUCCUUCCAGCUCGUCGGUUUCCUCCUCACCUAUCUCCUUCAUACCACCCACGCUGCCAAAAACGGCAGUCGAGCAGGUCUGGGCCUCACCCUCGUGCAAUACGGAUUCUACAUGAAGCCCGGGGGCAGUCCCGACCCCUCGUCGCCAACGGGUGACUCUCAGUUCGUUCCGCCAAAUCCGAACAGUCACGAUUUCGUACCGGAAGAUGGCAAGUUUGAUUCGGGCGACUCUCCGGGAGGAGUCUCUGGCAUCACCACGAGCGAGUGGAUUUCCUAUAUUCUUAUGGUUGUGGGAUGGUUUAUUUUGAUCCGCGCAAUCAGCGACUAUCUCCGGGCGCGGCGGCAUGAACAGCUGGUUCUACAAAGCCCCGACAGGGGUCUACCCGUCCCGAUCAUUGCUGAGGGGGAGCGGCCAGAGCAUUCUGUGUAA